AUCUGCCCUUGCCAGAUCUUCAAAAUUGACCGGCAGCACAGAAAUCAUGUGGAGUAAACACGCAUGCAAAUUGACGUCUUCUUUUAGAUUAACAAACCGAGGCUUGGUCAGAAAAAGCUUUGGAUGCUGCAGUUUGCAUCAGCAAGUCCCUGUGGCUCAGCAGGAGAAGUCCUCUGGCAGUUACCAGGAGUCUUACCAAACUGGGUCUUCACGGAGACUGACUGUACUAGUGGGGGCUACAGGGGCUACCUUAGGAGCAUACUGGAUAUGGCGCAAAAAGAGCUUGGACGUGUUUGCUGACAGUGAAGAAACUGGAUCCUCCAGCAGUGAACAAUCAGACAAGCAUGUGGAUGUUGCAAUAGAGGAAAUCAUUGGAGGGAAUGCUGAAAAUACUGGGAAGCCUGACAUGAAGGCAAGCCCUGAAACAACAGGCAGAUCUCAAACUAACAAUGUAGUAGACAGUAAAGAAACUGGAUCCUCCAGCAGUGAACAAUCAGACAAGCAUGUGGAUGUUGCAAUAGAGGAAAUCAUUGGAGGGAAUGCUGAAAAUACUGGGAAGCUUGACAUGAAGGCAAGCCCUGAAACAACAGGCAGAUCUCAAACUAACAAUGAGGCCCCACCCAUAGACUGGUCCAGAGUUCCAGACCUCCCUAGUCAUGUACCAUACAUACUGAUAGGUGGGGGAGUAGCCUCCCUUGAAGCAUACAAGGCCAUAAAGACCCGGGACGUUAAAGCAAAGGUAUUGAUGAUAAGUGAGGAGGACUAUCCCCCAUAUUGGCGACCACCUCUCUCCAAGAACUUCUGGUUUGAAGAGGACGAGCAGAUGUACAGACAGUUUGAGUACACUAGUGUGACGGGAAGGAAACGGAGUGUAUUCUUAAGUGCUGGUUUGUACAUGGAGCCAAAAAAAUUAGCAUACACUGAAAAUGGCGGACUUGGCUACCUUCAAAAGACAAAAGUUACAAAACUAGAUGCAGUCAAUAAAAAGGUUACACUGGAGAAUGGGGCUGAAAUUUCAUUUGAUAAAUGCUUGAUAGCGACAGGUGGCCGGCCACGCAAUAUUGAGAUACUGGACAGAGCAGGGCAAGAUGUUAAAGAUAGAACAACUUUAUUUAGAAAUUUGCGAGACCUGUGGCGACUAAUGGAAGUUUCUGAAAAGGCCAAGUCCAUAGCAGUCAUCGGUGGUGGUUUCCUUGGUAGUGAGCUAGCAGCUGGUCUGGCCUAUCGAGGUUUCAAAAAUAAAGUUACUGUUCAUCAGAUCUUUCCAGAAAAAGGCAACAUGGCCAAAGUGUUGCCAGACUACCUCAGUGCUUAUACCACAGAGCAGCUCAAACAAGAUGGAGUGAAUGUAAUCCCUAAUGCAAAUGUUAAGUCAGCUUUUUUCGCUGAUGGCCAAGUCAAGUUGCAGCUUUCAAAUACGCAAACGCUAAAAGUCGACCACAUAGUGGUAGCAGUGGGAUUGGAGCCAAACACAGACCUUGCCAGGUCAGCCAAUCUGGAACUGGAUGAUAAGCACGGGGGGUUCCGUGUGAACUCAGAGUUACAGGCACGGUCAGACAUCUAUGUGGCAGGUGACUGUGCUUGUUUCUAUGAUGAGAGGCUGGGAAGACGUCGUGUGGAGCACCAUGAUCACGCCGAGGUCACUGGGCGCAUGGCAGGCUUCAACAUGGCAGGGGACUCUCAGUCAUACAGACACCAGUCAAUGUUCUGGUGUUCUUUAGGUUCUUCUAUAGAAUAUGAAGCUGUAGGUCUUGUGGAUUCCAGUUUACAAACUUAUUCUGUAUUCAGGAAGAAAUCUGAUGAGGAGAUCAAAGAGGAUAAAUCAAACACAGAGAAACCAAAAGAUAAAGGCAGCAACAAUGACAGAAAUUCUAAAGUUGACAACUAUGAGCAUGGCGUGAUAUUUUACUUGAAGGAUGGUCAGAUUGUGGGAGUUGUAUUAUGGAACUUGAACAGUUUCCGUGGAAAUCCAAGUCGAAUGGAUAUAGCCAGACAGGUGAUCAUGGAUGGAGCUCAGGGCAAGGAUCUUACAGAGGUUGCCAAACUGUUCAAUGUGUAUGCAGACUGAUACACCCAAUGAAUGCCCAUUAAUAAUUAAUCCAUUUGGACAAAUCAUGCGUUUUAAUAACAUUCAUACUUACUUGAUACAGGUAAAACACAUUAAAUAUGCUAAGUUCAUUAAAUUUAUGAUAUAAAAGAUGAAUAUAAGAACAUACAAUUUAUUUGUUUAAAUAAAAUUUUGGAUUUUAUUAGUAAAUAUCUUGUUUUUAAAGUCUGAACACUUAAGAUAGGGCUUUUUUGGUAUAAAGACCUAAAAAUUGUUUGACACUUAUUGUAAACAUGUAAUGCUAAAAUAUUAAGAAAACAGACAUUGUUAGAGCUCCAAAAAUAUAUAUGUAUCAUAAUGGAAACUGAUGCUUCCUUAAUUAAAAUAUGUGUACUGAAACAGGAUUUUAACAACUACAUUUAUAGACAAUCCCAGAAUCGAUAACCAUAUUGGCUAUCACGUGACCCCGCCGCCAUCUUGGUUCUGAAGAAUUAGACAGAUAACAUGUAGAACACUGUUAUCUGUCAAAUUCUUCAUUUAAUGUUUAAGGCCGAAUUUGCUGUAUUUUUUUAAUGAAAUCCUUUGUGUUAUGCCUUUGCUUAAAACACAAUUAUUUCUUUAUUGUAUUUUAUUAUUCGAAGAUAAUCAUAAAGGUCAUUUUCGCAAUCUGAAGUAAACUUUAUGAUUUUUAGCGUUAAUUUUUCCGCAGAUGUUAAUCAGCGAACUUUUUAAAGAUUUAUGACCGAUAUAUAUACAUUUCUUUGAAAAUCAGAUUUCUGCCUUUUUUUUAAUAAUUAUAAAAAAAUAUAGUUCCAGAUAUACCCAUUAAGAAAAUGUAUAAGAUUCAAUAACGAGACAAUUUUUUUUAUUGAAUAGUACAUAUCUUUGUUUUUCUAAAGAUUUAUUAAUUCUUUAUUAAUAUUUCUUAUAAAAGUAUCAUUUUUAAGGUAAUGUAACAGCUCUAGCUGAAAUAAAAUGUGUGAUUUUAACUAAAAUUGGUCCAGAAAUAUUUAUAUGAGAAACUCUGUAAGAUUUCAUGUAUAGGCAAUCUUUUCUUAUUAAAAAGUAUAUGGUUUACUCUAAAACUGUGUUGGUUUUUUAAGCUUCAGGUGUAUAGAUAUUGCUGCAACAUGUACUAUUUUACUAAAAUGACUAUAUUGAAUACAUGUUUGAAACAGUUUGAAGGACAUUAUUUGAUGUAACCGAAAAAAAUGUUCACAGAUUAUUUUUAUACCAAUAUGUAAUUAAAGUCUUCAAACUGAAAUACGAUGAGGUCCAAGUUGUUAAACUAAUACAAAUACAACUUAGGAAGCACAUGUUGUAUAUAAGAAUGUAAGUGAGGAAUAACUUAACCCUUUGCAUGCUGGGAAAUUUGUCGUCUGCUAAAAUGUCUUCUGCUGAAUUUCUAAAAUUAGCAUUUUCUUCGAUUUUUUUUCAAAGAAUACUAUCAGAAUAGCAAACAGUUUGGAUCCUGAUGAGACGCCACGUUCUGUGGCGUCUCAUCUGGAUCCAAACUGUUUGCAAAGGCCUUUAAAAUUCAGCUCCAGCGCUUUAAGGGUUAAAAUUAUGUGUCUUUUAUUAAACCAAAGUAAAUUGGAUAAUAAUGUGUUUAGACAUUUUAGUACUGUGUAUUGGUUAUAAAUAGUACUUUUACUAAAGUAUAACAUUCAUAAGUGUGUAUGAACAGUUGUAGUAAUGUUAUUUCUUUAAUUAUGAUUCAAACACCAUUUAAUAAAAAAAAGUGUUGAAUGAGUUUAUUAAAUUGUGAAAAAAGUU